AUGGCCGGAAAAAAAUGGUUUUAUUCCUUCAUGCGCAGACAUCCUGAACUAUCAUUAAGAGAACCAGAAUCAACAUCUAUGGCACGUGCCCAAGGUUUUAAUAAAGAGCGUGUGAAAUCGUUCUUUGAACUUCUGGCAAAAAUUUAUGAUGAGGAAAAUCUUAGCCCAGAUCGACUAUUUAACAUGGAUGAAAAUACCUUGUCCACAGUUCAAGAUGGGCAGUCCAAAAUCAUCAGUGCCAAAGGGAAAAAAAGAAUUGGAGCUAUGACAAGCAACGAGCGAGAGGAAUCUGUUACAAGUGUUGUUUGUGUUUCUGCUUCGGGCCAAUAUAUACCACCCAUGUUGAUAUACAAACGUAAACGAAUGAAAGUAGAAAUGACAAAUGGUGCACCUCCAGGCACAGUUUUCAGCACACAAGAAAAGGGGUGGAUGUCAAAUGAUGGCUUUAUCGAAUGGUUAAAACAUUUCAUAUCCGUAGUGAAGCCAACAAAGGAAACCAAAGUUGUCUUUGAUGGCCAUGUGACUCAUGUAAAAAUUUUGAAAGCCAUUGAAUUUGCAAGAGAAGCUGGGGUACGUAUGAUUUCCUUACCACCUCAUACCACUCAUCGACUCCAGCCUUUAGAUGUUUCUUUUUUUGGCUCUCUGGGCAAAUAUUAUGACGAUGCCUUGAGAAAGUGGAUGAGAUCACAUGUCUCCAGACCAGCCACAACAUGGCAAGUGGCUGAAAUAUUUGGAGAAGCCUAUGGUCGAGCAGCCACCAUCGGUAUUGCAUGUAGCGGAUUUAGAGCUAGCGGACUAUGGCCACUUGAUUUCAACAUAUUUUCGGAUGCAGAUUUUGCUGCGUCUUCAUUCAGUGAUAUAAUAUCACCUACAGUGGCACUAACAACAUCUACUGAAACAUUGACCUCUACUGAAACACCAAUAAAAUCAAUUGCAGCAGAAGCAAUGACAUCUUCUUAA